AAAUUUCAGAAUGAGCAACGAAAGAGUUACGAAACAGCUUUCCAGUAUAGCGAAUCUUAUCUACCCAAAGCGUAUACCAAAAAUAAAAUUUGGUCCUGUGAAGGACAACCUGGGAUUUACGCUCAGCGAAAGAGUGGCCCUCAGGCAGGCUUGGAAUUUGAUCAGACCCUUUGAACGGCGCUAUGGACAGGAAGUAUUCUACAGCUACUUACACGAUGCCUAUUGGAGCAUUCAUAAGUUCAGGAACGGAGUGGACCUGAAUCUGAAAGCUCUGCACACGCAUGCGGUGAAGUUUAUCCACUUUUUCGGUCUCCUGAUCGAAGUGGAGGACCCAGUGGUGUUCCACCAGAUGAUCACUGACAACAACCUCACCCACAGCCGCUGCAAAGUGGGAUCCGCUUAUAUUGGGGAUCUGGCCCAGGCCCUGGUGGACUAUGUGCUGAAGGUUUUCCAUAAGGUCAGGUGCCCAUCGUUGGAAAGUGGCUUCAGGAAAAUCGUCGAGAAGUUUCAAGGCUACCAGGACCUCCAGGCAAUGAAAAACGGCAAAAAUUGACUGAGCAAGAUGAGAAUUAGCUCGACGCGUAUUGGACUUUUGCUCUGA